CGUUCUCAGGCAUUUGCAUGUAAAAACAUAAAUCACAGAAAACUACAUUCUGUCAAAAUAAGGAAUACAGCAACAGUUCGGGAUUCUAGUGAAUUAUGAGUUUAGGGCAAACCGCGUGACUAAAACGAUGGGAAAGAGUCUGGAAUAUGGGGGAAUCUAUGGAAAAGCUGCAGAGUUGAACAAGUUGAAGGAGAAAAGUUUGGAGAAACUUUAGCACUUUUUCUUCGUGCAUGGAUGCGAUUCGAGAAGACAUGUAAGGUCAGAAUGCAGGAGAGUUCUCUCUCACGUUGUUUAAUUCACUGGCGUUGUAGUGUAAUUCAUUGUCGUUUUAGUGUAAACGCUGGCUUCUUGAUUUUAGACUCUUAACUUUGCAGCAAACUGUGGUUAAAAGUGUAGCCCAUUGUACUAGCUACAUUGAAAAGGGGUGAAAGCCUAGCCACUGUGGAAGAAAAAGUACUUUACCACAAUGAAUUAACAAAGGGAGAGAACAUAACUAAAUACAUCCACAAUGGCAGAAACGGAGACCGAGAAGCUGUAUAGCAGUGUCUCUUUCAAAAAGUUGGAAAGUUGGAGCUCAAACAAAAGUCGCUGUGAAAAUCAACAGAACAAAUCAAAGGAUUUGGAGGGUAAUAGCAGCGCCCUUCCCCCUCCAUCUACGGCUGCGGCAGAGAAAGCACAGCCCUCGGCUAUGCGUAAUGUUAGUGUGUCAAGGAAAGUUUCCAAAAUCUCCGCUGCCAGCCUCGACACCGCAGAACUAAAGAAAGCCUCUUCCACUCCUCUCUCCUCCAUUUCUCCCUCUAUUCGCCAACUCACUGAAAAGUUCAGUAGCACUAAUUCGGCUCGGACUCACGGAGCCCUGAGCCAUGGCAGUAACGUGGCCGGGAAGAGCACAACUUUACCCCGAUUUAAAAGCAGAAGGGGAGAGAGAUCCCCGUCUCGGGAGUUAUUCCACGAGGACAGUGGAUAUUUACAAAUUACUGACACGGUUUUAACAGAGUUCCCGAUUGACACUAAAGUUCAGCAACAAACGUUUUAUUCAGGCACAGACUCUGUCUCUGGGUUGGAUUCGGAUAGAAAUCAACAAUUGAUUUAUACUCGCAAAUCUGCUCAAGGCAACAGCGCUGGGACUGGUAAAAGAGAUUAUUCCCAAAUUGAUCCGUCUAUCUCUGAUAACAAUAACUGCAGUAAAACUUUGAACGCUGAGGAUUAUGUUUUUGUCAGUGGUGCGCCUGCCUGCAAGUCAUACAGGAGCUAUUUCCCAACUCACCAUGGAGAUCUUCCUGUUCACGUUGAUUUAACCAACUGGCCCAGUGUCACCAAGAUCAGAGAGCUUUUUGGGGACAGGCACAGAAAGAAGCACCGGUCCACCUCUGAUGCAGAGGAUUUAAAAUCUGCUGACCACCUCCAGCACUUCACCAGCUCCAAAGAGAACUCUGUACCGGACAGAAGCGACAGGCAGUCUCCCAACAGCCCAACCCCUGAAGCCACUAGCCUCUCACUGUCAGACAGACACCGCAGCAGGGCGGCGUCCCUGGGCAGAGAGAGGAGACACCAGUGCAUGGACUCAGCCUUUCACCCUGACCAGCACUACUCAGACGAGGCAGAGAUUGAGCCAGCCAGCACUAGUAUUAGUAGAAGUGGUAGGUUUCUUAGGGUGGCGCAGCCAUCAAACACGCACAGAGCCCACAGCCCCAGCAGUGGAGGAGAGGGGCCUGAGACCCGGACAUCUAGUCUGAACUCUGACCCUCCACCCUCUGUCCUAGCUGCUGCCCCCACCUCCCCACCUCGGAGCAGCUCCAGGGGCCUCUCCUCCUCCUGUGUCUGCCCCUCUGUAGAGCAGCAGCAGAGCCAGGGGGCCGGGCAGCCCAUGGAUAGUUUACAUUCCUCACAUAGCUCCUCCAGACCGGUGGCCCCCUCUGAUAGAGCUUCAGCCAGGGCAGCCAUCACAGCCCGCUGGAGGUUCAGCUCAGGAGACGAAGAAGAGGAGUACCACCACCGAGCAGGAGGAAGGAGUGCUCCCUCGUUAGGUGUCAGCGGAAGUUACCUCUCCCGCGGUAAGAAUGGUUGGUGGGGUGGGAAGGUCCUCGGAAGGUCUUCAGGCAGUGAAGAGGACAGCCCUGCGUCACUAGGACCUAGCCGAGACACCAUGAGACGCCGUUCACUGAGGAAGAAGAAGAAGAACAGUGAAGUUGCCAUAGCAACGGGACGAGACAAUGGUGAAUCAGACGACAGCGACGCCGAGCAGACAGGUAUGAUGGAACACCUGGAGAGACACCAACAGAACACCGCCGCCACUACAGAACAGACUGGUAGCUCUCGGAACCGGCUCAGAGAACCCGAAGGCUCUAGAAACAGUGCAGCGCAAAGGGGACGCAAUUACACUCCUAACCAGAUGGUGGCGCAGGAGAGCUACAGACGCCAAUACACCUCAGGCGGGCCGGGGACAUCAUCUCCCUUGACCACGCCCCUCACAGGGGUAUCACGGGUGUCAAAGGUCAACAUCUCAUCGUUUAUUUCGAGUCCCGGCAGCUCGCAGACCAGCAGUAGAUACUGUAGCACAGAGACACUGAAAGAAGAGGACCAAGCUAGCUAUGCUAACAGAAUGGCUAACACUACUACUACUACCACCCCAGGCAGUGUGGUUGGUGCAUCCUCCUCCAUGCUCAGUAAGACCUACCACGGUAACUUCACCAUGUACCGCUCCCCCAGCUUCGGACAUGGGGAUAACUUAUCCCGCGCCCCUGCGAGAGUCUGCCCCCACCUUCUUCCCCCUGUCAAUCCACCAUCUCCAGCCACAGGGGACACUGGAGGGGUUACUAGGGAGGAGACUACAGUGUUCCGGCGGUUGCUAAGCGGUGGCGUAGUCGGGGAUAAGGACAGGAACAGGAUGUCAAUGUCAAACCCGGAUAUCACUUCGGAAACAUUGUCCCUCCUCAGCUUCCUGAAAAGUGACCUAUCAGAGCUCAGAGUUCGGAAGACGGACAGGUCAGGGGUUACUGAGGGGUCAUCUGCGGUGUACAGGAUGGGGUCAAGAGGUCUCCACCCAGGACUCCGCCCUUCAUUAAAGGACCUCACUGCAACUCUUCGACGCGCCAAAUCCUUCACUUACUCUGAUAAACCAGUAGGGAGGCAACAUUCAGAUGGGUCCUCGGCCAAAAGAAGCUCUUCUGAGCAACGUCUGGAUUUAGACGGAGAGCGUGAUGGAGGGAGGGGGGCGGUGCCUGCCAGAGAGGUGGAGAGUGACGGAGGGGACUGCAGAGCAGGUGGAGCAGGGGGUUAUGGGGAUGAGGAAGUGAUGCCCACUCCGCUACAGGACAGGUAUGUACAGGAGGCCAGACAGGUGAUCAGAGAUAUCUGCCAGAUGAUCGCUCGCAAGGAGGAUGAUAACGAGGAUGAUGUGCUAGCGACAGAUUCCACUGAGGAUGAGGGUUUCAAAAGGAAACAAGUGGAGGAGCAGGAGAUUAAAGAGAGGGAGGGGAGAGCUAGAGAGGCUGAGGUUGACAUUGGGGCAGCCUCCAUUUCAGGGGAACAAGAGAAGAGGGAGGGGAGAUCUAGAGAGGCUGAGGUUGCCAUCUCAGGGGAACAAGAGAAGAGGGAGGGGGAAUGUGAAACCAGAGAAAAAGAGAAGUGCCUACAGAAGGGAGAUUCUGAGGAGAACGUGUUUUAUGACCGAUCUGUUGAUGAGCUUUCGGGUCACGAGUCAAGCCUCACAGACGAGGGCAUAGUCACAGAACCAGAGACUGGACCUGGUGACCCUGAGAGGUUAUUUGUGGGGUCAAGUUUAGGAUCAUCUUUGGCCAGAGAUGUGCUGGGUCAACCCCUGACCAUCUGGAAGCAGUCUGCUCUGCAUGAGGAGAAAUGGCCAGAGUUAAACGAGGGAAUGCGAGAGGGAUCAGGGUUACACGAGGGGAUGAGAGGGGGUUUAGUGUUACACGCAGGAGCGAGAGAGAAACGAGAGGACCCUGUCUCUGUUCCUGCUCUUGGGACUGAGACUGAGAGCAUUGAUAUAGUAACAGAGAUGAGCAGCGUCAACAACAACAGUACUAGUGGGAGGACUAAUGUAUCCCACAGUGCCUCAGCCCCAGGACUUGAGGCUCCUCCCACUCCGAGCGCUAUCCGCCGCCGCCGUAAAUUCUCCUCAGCAGGUACCACAGGCUCUGACUCCAGUAACGGCAGCAACGGGGAGUCCAACGGGGAUCCUACUGUUUACCGUUCGCUAAGCGACCCCAUGCCUCACCGGUGCCACUCUGUGUCAGAAGAAGGGAAUAACAGUUUCUCUGUGGAUAGUAACCUGCUGGGGUCGCUCUCUCUCUCCUCCAAGGGGGCAGGAGGAGUAGGAGGUGGAAGUGUCCCAGAGUCGUCCUCUGCAGCUGAUCUAUCAGAGUGCACGGGCAGUGUGACCAGCGACCUAUCGGUGUGCAGUGACGGUGGUCUCCGUGACGAUAGUCUCCGUGACGACUACAGCAAUGUGAUCCGGAGCAUUGUUGCAGAGCCAGGAGCAAUGGACAGAUUGAUGACGGAUGACAAAAACAACGGGAAAGCCACGAAGAAGAAGUCCUUCUCAGACCCCAGUCGCCGUGGUGAUGGCCACCUGCUUGACGAAUCAGUGUUCAAAAGUCACCAUCACCCCAACGAACCAAUCAGUGAGCUGGAUCAGCUUGGUCAGAUCCCGCCCUCCAGCAGUGAGCCAAUCCUGAGUGAGCAGAGAGACGAGCUGUGGGAGCUCGGAGACGAACGUGGACGUCCAUUACGUAGUCGCCUUGUCAACAACGAAGGUGGCAAACUCCGCUCCCAAUCAGAAAGGGAGCUGCACUCCUGUCUCUAUGCUGAUGACACAGAUGGAGGGGGAGGAGGGCAGAUAUUGAACUUUGACCCCAAACUUGCGGAGGUUCUAUCUCCCAGAAUGGGCCGGCGGGCCUCCAGGAAACGCCCCAACCGAGUCGCGCAAACAGCAUCAGAGGAGCUGGACCACUCGGAACCAGGUCCAGAAGACCACGGUCCAGAGGAGAGCCAGGAUCAAGACCAGACUGAGCUCAACCCCCCACUGCCCCCGCCUCCCCCCAAAUCCAAAGCCAGGUCCAAGCACGUCCGCCAUGCCAGCGAACCUGCCACCUUCAUCCCCAUCUCCCCACCUCCACAGCCCCAGCCCCAGCGUGCACAGGCGGACCCGCCUGCCCUGCUACCCGCCUCUGAACCCUCCAUCCUGGGUAAGCCCACUGGUGAGGAGGCCCCCUCCCUGGAGGAUGUGACCAAGCGGUAUAUUCUGGCUCUGAAUGCUCCUGGGGGCGAGGGGGAGCCGUCUGGGCCUGGGUCUGGUGUGCCUGUUUCAGACGGGUCCAACUCCAGCCCUGCUACUCCCACUGGUGCCAGAGAACCCAGACUGCAGAGGAAGAGCAGUGUAGAGCUGACCACACCAGCCCCACAGAGAGCCAAACCCAGAGUGGAUAUGAGAAGACAUGUCGUGAUGACCCUCCUGGACACUGAGCAGUCUUAUGUGGAGUCGCUCCGGACACUCAUACAGGGCUAUAUGCGGCCUCUGAAGCAGCCAGACAGUGUAUCACUAGUUGAUCCCUCAUUGGUGGAUGAGAUGUUUUAUCAGAUCCCAGAGAUCCUGGAGCACCAUGAGCACUUCCUGGAACAGGUCACCGGCUGCAUCAGCCAAUGGCACGACAAACAGACCGUGGGUCAGCUGCUUAUCCAAUCAUUUUCCAAAGAGAUUCUUGCUAAUAUUUAUUCAGCAUACAUCGAUAACUUUCUGAACGCCAAAGACGCAGUGAGGAUCGCAAAAGAGGCCAAGCCAGCAUUCCUCAAGUUCCUGGAGACCAGUAUGCGUGAGAACAAGGAGAAGCAGGCCCUGGGUGAUCUGAUGAUCAAGCCUGUCCAGAGGAUCCCCCGUUAUGAGCUGCUGGUCAAGGAUCUGUUGAAGCACACUCCUGAGGAACAUCCAGACCACCCGUUGCUAUUGGACGCCCAGAGAGACAUCAAGCGAUUGGCUGAGAAGAUCAAUAAGGGGCGUCGCUCUGCGGAGGAGGUGGAGAGAGAGACACGCGUCAUGCAGGAGAUAGAAGCCCACAUCGAGGGAGUAGAACACGUCAGAGAUAUCCUUAACCCAAUGAGGAAGUUCCUGAGACAGGAGAUGGUGAUGGAGGCGAAGACGGUGGGGGGUAAGAAAGACCGCUCUCUCUUCCUCUUCAGUGAUCUGCUCAUCUGCACCACCCUAAAGAGGAAGUCUGGAUCCCUGAGACGCAGCUCCAUGAGCCUGUACUCUGCUGCCAGUGUGAUCGACACUUCCAGUAAAUAUAAGUUCCUGUGGAAACUUCCCCUAGAGGAUGUGGAGAUAGUGAAAAGCCCCUCCCAGGCAACCAACAAAGAGACCAUCCAGAAGAUGAUUGGUCGACUGGACGAGGACCUGAGUACACUGGGACACAUCAGCAAACUAUCAGAGACUCUCAGCUUCCCUCACCAGUCUCUGGAUGAUGUGAUAAAGGACCUGAUGGUGGCAGUCCACAGGGAGCUUGCAGAGAAACAGUCUCUAGCCUUCAGUAUGACCUUCCUGCCCACCAAGCUGGAGCUGACCACCGCGUCGGCAGAAACCAGCUUCGUGUUUGAGUUCAGCUCCCCAGACACACGCAGCAACUUCCAACAGGCCUUCGAAGAUGCCAAGAAGCAACUGGCAAUGAAUAAGGACCAGUGGGACCCAGAGUUCCUGAAGGCUAUCCCCAUUAUGAAGACUCGUAGUGGGAUGCAGUUCUCCUGUGCCUCCCCCAGCCACAGUUGUCCAGAGAGCAGCAGUGAGGUGUGGGUGUGUAACAGUGAUGGUUACGUGGGCCAGGUGUGUCUGCUCAACAUCAGAGACCAGCCCACUGUAGAGGCCUGUAUCGCUGUCUGCUCUGCCAGGAUCAUCUGCAUUGCCGCGGUCCCUGGACUAAAGGGGAGGGAACGUGGAGUGGACCCCUUCCCUGCCCCUCCCCGUGUGGCUGGUGACUCCACCCCAUCCCAGCAGCAGCAGCUACACAUCUCCAUUUCUCAUUCGUCGCUGCAGCUCACCGAGCCCCCUUCAGGGGCGGGGCCAGAGUUAGUUCCGUUUGACAGUGAUGACACGGACGAUGAAGAUUCUCCUAGCCCCUCCUCCACUCUGCAGAGCCAAGCCAGUCACUCUACUGUGUCGUCCAGCUAUGGCAAUGAGGAGGGGUCUGGUUCUAAGGAAAUGGCUACAGAGACCACCAGUAGUGAGGAGGAGCAGGGCUACCCAGAGGCCAGUCCUUAUGGAGCUCCAGGCAGGCCAGGGGUGGGUGGAAGAGGUCGACCCCACAGCGAGAGCCCCAUGGACGGGAGAGCCAUGCGCCGCUCCUCCCGGGGAUCCUUCACUAGAGCCAGUCUGGAGGAUCUGCUCAGCAUUGACCCCGAGGCUUACCAGAGCUCUGUGUGGCUGGGCACAGAGGACGGAUGUAUCCACGUGUACCAGUCAUCAGACAACAUCCGGAACCGUAAGAACAGCAUGAAGAUGCAGCACUCUGCCCCCAUCCUGUGUGUUCUCUACCUGGACAACAAGGUGUUUGUGUCCCUGGCCAACGGAGAUGUGAUCGUCUACCAGAGGGAGGCGGGGAGUUUCUGGGACGCCCAGUCAUCUCAGACGUUGAGUCUGAGCACGCCCAGUAGUCCUGUCACUAAGAUGGUCCCGGUCGGAGGGAAGCUGUGGUGUGGUUCACAGAACCGCGUUCUCAUCAUCAACACAACCACACUGGUGCAAGAGCACUGGUUCCAGGUGGGCACAGACAGCAGUAGGUGUGUUACCUGCAUGGUGAGCUACGGCCAGGGGGUGUGGCUGGCGCUCCAGGGUAGUGCCCAGAUCAGACUUUACCACGCCCAGACCUGGGAAAGCCUGACGGAGGUGGACGUGGCUCCCGCUGUGCACAAGAUGCUUGCAGGUUCAGAUGCGAUCAUCCGGCAACACAAGGCAGCGUGUCUGAGGAUCACAGCUCUCCUGGCCUGUAAGGACCUGCUGUGGAUCGGGACCAGUGCAGGGGUGGUCCUGACCCUGUCUAUCCCAGCCGUCAGCUCUGGGACAGUGUCAGGGACGCUGCGGUCACCUCUGACCCCCAUGGGUUCUGCUCACGGACACACUGGCCAUGUGAGGUUCCUCACCUCCAUAGAACUACCUGAAGGCUUCGACGUCAACUUCCCCCUGCCCGCCGAUACCACAGGUAACCACGUCAACUUCCCCCUGCCCGCCGAUACCACAGCCCAGAGUGGUGUUGACGGGGGUAAUGGGGGUCUGCAGAGGCGGGACUCCUCUCACAGACGAGCCUCCGCCAUCCUGCCCGUCAAAACCAAUCAGCUGGUGAUCUCAGGUGGCGACGGCUACGAGGACUUCCGGCUGACCAAUAGCAGCAGUGAGACAGUGGGGCGGGACGACAGCACCAACCACUUACUGCUGUGGAGGGUCUGAGCCAAUCAGCAGGCCCUGUUUAUUAAAGCCCACCCUCUAGGCACCAGCAACAUACAGUACUGCCUUGGAGAGUCCCCUGACCCCUUUAAACCCCACCCUCAGCUGAAACCGCACACAAACCCCGCCCUCCUCUUUAAACCCCUCCCCCUUUUUAUUAGGUCCAGUUUUUUUUGUCCUUUGCUCAAUCUUCUGAUCUCUCUGUGCGUGGGUGUUGUUAGCCCAGACUGAAAAACUACACACUCACUUUAAACCAGGUUUCUGUUGUUUUCGUUUGUUCCGAUGCAACUGUGUGUGUUGUUAAUCGCUGAGUGGUGUGUGCUUGGUGUUUCGGCGUGAAUCACCCUCCACUUGUAUUGCUCAGUCUGUGGACUUCGUGUCAUAAUGAAACUCUACAGACUUUACUUAGAGAGAGGGAACAAGAGCGAGAGAGAGAGAGAUAUUGGGAGAGCGGGAGUGACUGGAGAAAAUAGGUUAGAUGAAGGAUAUGGAGGGAAAGCAAGAAAGAAAGAGAGGAGGGAAAGACAGUAAAGAGAGUGUGGAUGAGGACAGACCGAUCAGGUGAAGGAUAAGAAGAGAGAGAGAGAUUGAGGCAGACAUGGUGAAAGGCGAGUGAUGGGAAGAGGAUUGUGAACUCUGCAACAAGCCGACUGACGGAAGUAACGAUGGAACAAGGAGUUUGAAGAAGGGCCUGAGGACGGGGGUCAAACAUCCAUCUUUGGAUUCCUCUUUUCGGCCCACACCAUGCGGACACUCCAUCCUAGGGAGGAGAGGAGAAAGGGAUGGAAAAGGGAGUGAAGGAGACCUAAGAGUAACAUUAUAAAAGUAACCAAUGUGCAAUAUAUGGCAAGGGUACCUACUAAAACUAUACACAAACACACACACACACACUUUCUUCACUCGUUUGACAAAACACAGCUCGUCUCUCCGUAGCCUAUGACUCACUCAUACAUACACCUCUUUCUCACCUUAAUCACUUUUGUGUUUGUUAUUAUUUUAAAGAUGUGUUGUAUUUUAAAAGAGCUGAAGCAGCAUCGCACCACUACAGUGAAGUGUGUUUUAAAACAUUUCUUUCCGAGGUCGUAGCAGAGAAAUGUUUGUACAGUAUUUAUGUUUUUGAUUUGAGCUUUGUAUUUUUUACAGCGCUUCAUUUAUAGAUGUCUUUUUCUCUCUUUCUUUGCCUCUAAGAGAUUGUGAUUUACAAGAGCUCUGACACACACACACACACACACACACACACACACACACACACACACACACACACACACACACACACAAAAGCCUACAUAACAACACAUAUAUACACACACACAAAAGCCUACAUAACAACACAUAUAUACACACACAUACACACACACAAACCAGUGUCCUGAAGUUCAGGCUCAAGUGGUGAUAGUGUUUACUGUCUCCAAGCCACGAGAACUGCCCUGAAAACUAUCUGGGUCACCUUCAACCACUCCAACCGAACGCAUUAGCAUUAGGCUAAUUCCCCCACUGAGAGCCAAUGAAGAGGCUAACCGAUAAUCAGACGCGACAGAUAGCCUAGCGGUUAAGAGCCUUGGGCGAGUAACCGAAAGGUCGCUGGUUCGAAUCCCCGUGGCAACUAGGUGAAAAAAAUCGGACAAUGUGCCCUUGAGCAAGGCACAACUCUAAUUGCUCCUGUAAGUCGCUCUGGAUAAGAGGUAAUACGUCGCUCUCUGGAUGAGAGCGUCUGCUAAAUGACUAAAAUGUAAAUAUAAUCGGAUAACCUGGUCCUUUGAUACUCAACUGCUGCUAGCUGUGUCUCUGUGUAGAGGUGUGUUAGUGGAGCAGCCUGUCUCUGUGUAGAGGUGUGUUAGUGGAGCAGCCUGUCUCUGUGUAGAGGUGUGUUAGUGGAGCAGCCUGUCUCUGUGUAGAGGUGUGUUAGUGGAGCAGCCUGUCUCUGUGUAGAGGUGUGUUAGUGGAGCAGCCUGUCUCUGUGUAGAGGUGUGUUAGUGGGGCAGCCUGUCUCUGUGUAGAGGUGUGUUAGUGGAGCAGCCUGUCUCUGUGUAGAGGUGUGUUUAGUGGAGCAGCCUGUCUCUGUGUAGAGGUACGUUAGUGGAGCAGCCUGUCUCUGUGUAGAGGUGUGUUAGUGGAGCAGCCUGUCUCUGUGUAGAGGUGUGUUAGUGGAGCAGCCUGUCUCUGUGUAGAGGUGUGUUAGUGGAGCAGCCUGUCUCUGUGUAGAGGUGUGUUAGUGGAGCAGCCUGUCUCUGUGUAGAGGUGUGUUAGUGGAGCAGCCUGUCUCUGUGUAGAGGUGUGUUAGUGGAGCAGCCUGUCUCUGUGUAGAGGUGUGUUAGUGGAGCAGCCUGUCUCUGUGUAGAGGUGUGUUAGUGGAGCAGCCUGUCUCUGUGUAGAGGUGUGUUAGUGGAGCAGCCUGUCUCUGUGUAGAGGUGUGUUUAGUGGAGCAGCCUGUCUCUGUGUAGAGGUACGUUAGUGGAGCAGCCUGUCUCUGUGUAGAGGUGUGUUAGUGGAGCAGCCUGUCUCUGUGUAGAGGUGUGUUUAGUGGAGCAGCCUGUCUCUGUGUAGAGGUACGUUAGUGGAGCAGCCUGUCUCUGUGUAGAGGUGUGUUAGUGGAGCAGCCUGUCUCUGUGUAGAGGUGUGUUAGUGGAGCAGCCUGUCUCUGUGUAGAGGUGUGUUAGUGGAGCAGCCUGUCUCUGUGUAGAGGUGUGUUAGUGGAGCAGCCUGUCUCUGUGUAGAGGUGUGUUAGUGGAGCAGCCUGUCUCUGUGUAGAGGUGUGUUAGUGGAGCAGCCUGUCUCUGUGUAGAGGUGUGUUAAGUGUUAAGUGCUCUGUACUUUAGCCAAGUGUGGAAUAAUUGUUGGUUAUUCUGUCCAUGUUGUUGUGUUGUCACAUUGGGUAGACUGUGUGGAACCAUGUGGAUUUUUUCUACCCAUUAUAUUUCCAUGGUCCCCCCCACCUGCCUCUGUUUUCACAGUAACUGCAUACUACAUUUAUAAACACUACAUUGUAGAAUAUGAAGCAUGUUAGCUUUAAUGUUAAUCAAGUAACAGAAUUGAGUAGGAUAUCACUGUGGCAAAGACAUUCAGAAUUUACCAUUCACACUACUUCUAACCAUCAUAAUAAGUUUAUGCUGCCAUCCUAGUAAAUUUCAGUAACCCUUCUGCCAGUUUGUGAAAGAAGUCUAUUGUGUAAUGUAAAUAUUGGUAUAUAUUGCCGUUUUUUCUGUAAAUAGUGCACCCACUGUCCUCAAUUGUUGAUAUGAAUCUAAUGGCAUAUUUUUAUAUACUUGUGUGUGUUUUUUCUCCUCUGGCAUGCGCUGUCAGUCACGUUUAAAUUAUAACUGCCACAAAAUGACAACAAGAGAAAGGAAACGGCGGCGUCUAUGGUUAUACUUCAGUUGUCAUGGUUACGUUUUCUUCCUGUAGCUGUUUCUGUUUCGUCACUUCAGGUUCUUCUUUGGAAUUAAAUAAUUUCACUGGUGCCAGACUA